AUGACUAACUUAGUUAACAUGAUUCAAGCGAACACUGCUAUAACUACUCAUGCUAUGCAGCAGACAAGGCAAUCAGUUAGAAACGAAAGUGGAGAGGGUGCUGAGGAUUGCUUAGAUGGUGUUCCAAGAACUCUAGCUGCUUUUCUGAAAGUUGACCUACCAAUUUUCAAUGGAUCGACAAACCCUACUGAAGCAGGCAACUGGUUCCAAGCUGUGGAGCGUGCACUGCGAACUCAAUAUGUACCGUAUGACCAGUUCGUGGAAUAUGCAGCUUAUCAUCUAGUGGGAGAAGCUCAGCAAUGGUGGCAAAGAGAGCGCCGACAGCUACACCAACAAAAUAUGGACAUUACAUGGACGUUAUUCCAGGAAGCUUUCUACAAGAAGUACUUUCAUGAGUCAAUAAAGGAGGCCAGAGAAUUGGAAUUCUUAUGGUUAAAGCAAGGGUAUGUUAGUUGUUUAGUACCUUUGAUGAUAUUUGUGAUGUGGGUUGAGCAUUUGUUGAUGUUUGUUGAUUAUGAUGGAAAUAGAAUGAUAAAUGAUGGUUUGAUGAUAAUUGAUAAGUUGGUAAUAAUGAGUAGGUAUGUAUGA